UUGAUUUAGUUUCGAAGUCUUACGUAGUUGUGGUAAUUUUUUCAGUCGCGUGUUGUAUGCGCGCGCGACUUGUUUUCCCGCGGUUCAAAAUUCAAAACGGCAUCCGUUCCCGCGUCAAACUUUGAAACUGUGUAUUAUUUAACUGUGUUGUGAAACUUUGUGACAAUAAGUGUAUGAACAUUGUGUUUAUUAUUCCUGUUGGAUAUUAUUAUAAGAUGCUACAUCCCUGCUCGUCAAGGGUGUGUAUGAAGACUGAAAAAUAUAUUUAUUUGGUGAAAUAGAAUGCAAAUGGUAUACAUGAACAGUUUUGUUUGGUCGCUCUCAGGUCGAUUGAGUUAGAGCAAUGACUACUGCGAUGGCAGCGCAUCAAGAGCCGAUACAUGAGCGACUUCAACCCGGACCGGAAGAACCCAUCUACCUCCAUGGAGCCUCUUGGACAGAGACUAACGAUAACCAGGAAGAGCAUAGCACGGACAUGUCGCCUUACUACAACAUGCCAAAAAGGAAUAAAAGAAAGAACUUCAAGCCACGAUGCGCGCCCAAUGCGACAACUUACUCUGAUGAAUCAGAAAACUGUGAUAUCGAGACACCCAUAAACGGUGACAGAACAGAUAACCACGAAGACUCUAAAAUUACCGUCAAAAACUUUAGCCUACUUAAAUCUGGUGCUGUUGAUUUGAGCAGACGGCUUAGCACAGACUCAAAUGAGAAUAUAGAUGCUAAUUAUGAAAAUAGAUUAGAUGAUAAGAAAGUUGAUACAUUUCAAAGAUCAUAUAUACAUAGCUUGCAAAUCAAUGAUACAGACAGAGAUCGGACAGUUUUGAACUUUAGCAAUUUACAAAAUAAAACGUUUUGUGCCAAAAAUCCAUUUGCGAUUUCACAAUUAAUUAAAACCAAUUCGCCGACGCGGCGAAGGGAUUCAGAAGAUGAGGGAAAGGAUAUUAAUAGCAAUGAAAGAGAGAAUGUUGAGGAAGGUGAAGGUCAGCAAAAUGGUGACACAGCUAGUAGAAUUCUGAGGGAUUAUGCAAUGAAUACGAUGAAGGAGUUUUUGGGGAUUUAUGGUUUGUCCUCUGAUGAAGUAGCGGACGCUAUAAGUGGACAAAUACGUGCUUUGGAAGCACUACAAGGUAAACCAUUCACCCAGCUACCGCUAAGUCUGAAGCGGAGACAUGAUUCUGGUGAUGGCACAGAGAGGAGUACCAGAAGGUCUUCUUCAGCAACAGAGGAUGAGAGCUCAACCAAUAUAACACCACCGAAGACACCUGAUAACGAUAUUGAAGCUCAAAGGCAAAGAGCACUACAAAUAAUAAACCAACAAUCGAUGAGAUUAUACAAAAGUCAAAACCAAGAGGAAGAUGGCAGCGGCUCUGAUGACGGAGACCAGACACUAGACUUGAGUGUAUCAAGAGAUACUGAUGGUCAGGAACAAUCAACAACUUCCAGCACUGGGAACAGUAUCUCAGAGUUUGAACAACAAAAUAUGUUGAUGAGAAAAAACCUAGAGGACUUAGCCAAUUUACAGAUGCAGGGUUUCUUCCAAAAACAAUCAAUGAUGGACGGUGAUGAUUCGCAAGAAAGAAAAUUGCAAGCGAGCGGUUUGCUGUCAGCGUUAAAUCAUUUGGAUCAGGCGCGCAAAAGCUCUUUACAAACCAACGUCGACUAUUCUAGAUACGUAAAAAGGUAUAGCUCAACUCUAGAAUGCGGCUCAUCAUACUGCAAGGACCUGGGCUACCGGGAGCACUUCCAUUGCAUGGAUUGCACAGCCAGAGUCUUCUGCAAGAAGGAAGAGAUGAUCCGGCAUUUUAAGUGGCACAAGAAACGUGACGAAUCUCUUGCGCAUGGUUUCAUGCGGUAUUCUCCUUUGGAUGACUGCUCAGAGCGCUUCUCAGACUGUCCCCACAAUCGGAGCCAAACCCACUACCAUUGCAUACAAGAUGGCUGUGAUAAGGUAUAUAUUUCGACAUCUGAUGUCCAGAUGCACGCCAAUUACCAUCGCAAGGAUUCAGCUAUCCUCCAAGAGGGUUUCCAGCGAUUCCGAGCCACGGAAAGCUGCGCAGCACCACAUUGCAUUUUCGCUGGUCAGCGGACGACUCACUUCCAUUGCCGAAGGCCUGGUUGCACAUAUACGUUCAAGAAUAAGGCUGAUAUGGAAAAACAUAAAACGUAUCACAUAAAAGACGAGGCUCUAUCAAAAGAUGGCUUCAAGAAAUAUAUGAAGAAUGAGGCGUGCCCAUUCCGCGAGUGCCGCUUCAGCCGUACUUGCAAUCAUAUCCACUGCAUUCGACCUCACUGCAACUACGUUCUUCAUUCUAGCAGCCAGAUAUUCACGCACAAGCGAAAGCAUGAGAGGAAAGAACAAGAGAUGAAUUUUGGACUUCCUACAUCGGUAAUUCAAAGCGCGCUUAUGCAGCAAGGAGCUGAUUUGAGCAUGUAUUCGUCAACAACCAAUUUACAGAUUGACGAUGACAUGUCUGGAAUGGAUGAAUUUCCUCAUAGCUAUAAUCCAGCAGUAAUAGAAGAGCUAUCCCGAAAGUAUAUUGACACGUUUAACGGUGGGAAAGAGGCAGAAGAUAAGUGCAGCAAAUGUAGCGCCCUCAACAAGCAUUAUCACUGCAUGGCUGAAGGUUGCAAGAUGGCUCACAGCUGCCACAAUACCAUGGUUAAGCAUAUGCUCGAGCAUGAACAGCAGAACCAGGUGACAGAAGCAUAUUUCGUGACUUACACACGGAAUAACCCCUGCUCCAAUUCGGCAUGUCAACACAUUCGGGACAUUACACAUUACCAUUGUACCUGGGAAAAUUGUGGAGCUGUUAUCUUAUCAUCUGAGGACCAGCCGUUCAGGCGCUUGGAACAUCACAGACAACACGCCAUUCUAAGCCCAAUGUCUCCCAACUUAGCGGCGAGAUUCGCACCGAACUUCACUCCGCAAUUGUCUGCCCAGCUACACCCGAAUGUUGCAGCUCAACUGCAAGUGCCAAGUCUUCCAAAUCUUCCACCAAAUUUGGCACAGUUGGCCCAAAUGGCACCGAAUCUCGGGCCUCAGCUGCCAAAUUUGCAAGCACAGCUGAACCUCGGAGCCGGGCCGGUUCAACACCACGUUAACCCUUCGAGUUCUUUGGAUGAGAUGUUCAGCAGGAAAAGAGGAAGACCUCCUAAGAAUCGAGUUGUGGAAGUUUGGACCGACAAUAUAAAUGUGACACCCCAAGCCAUAUUUACAUCUUUCAAGCUCCCCAAAAGCAACCAAAUGCCACCAGCGAUUCAAUCUCCAGUCAUCACUACCGUUGAAGAGUUCCCACGUAUUCGCUUCCAGCACAUCGAAGUGUUCACCGGCCCAGAUAUCUGUGCCCAGUACUACGCCAGCUGCCCCUUACGUCACACUAGACUGCACAUGCACUGCAUCAACUGCAGCUACACGGCCGAAGCCCACGUUACCAUGGAAACGCAUAUGCGGGAGUCUCACUCCGUAUCCCCACUUCUAGAGGGUUUCGACUACUUCUCCUCUUUCGAACAAUGCGGUGGGAAGAGUUGCUUCAAAAACCAGUUGCGAUCUCACUUCCACUGCGCCCAAGGAAACGGUUGUCCAGCAAUUUUGACCCAAUACUCGGCCUUGGCCACUCAUAAGCACGGAAGAGGGACGCCGAUCAAGUGUGAAGAUGACAAGCAGUUUGAAGAGGCCAAAGACUACUCGAUUAAGGAGCGAGCGUCAGCCGAUAGUGUGGGUUCUGUUAAGGAGGAGUUCCUGCCAAAUUUCGUCAUCAAGAACGAGUUCGAUAACCAAGAUAACGUUUCUGUAGUAAAAGCGACAGGAACCUUCUAUCCGUCGUCCCACCUCCGAAGCAACACGUCUUCUCCUCGCAGUAUCUAUGACGCUUCCCCAUCGAAGGAAAGGAAGCCGGAUAAGCCAGUUCCGACGAUUCCGCCGUCCUGCCACGACCAGACCUGUCCGUUGAAUAAAUCGGGAGGGAUGAACCUUCACUACCAUUGUCCCCACUGUGGGCAGGCAUACGUCGAUUUGAAGCUUUUGUUCAGCCACAUGGUGAAAAAGCACAGCAAUGUCAUUGAAGGGGGACCGAUCGGAUUGGCUGCUACUAAGGAGACACUUGAGCGAGAGUAUCCAGAAAUAUCAAUUUUACCUUCAACGGCGACUUCGUCCUCUGCCCCUCAAGCACCAUCUCCGAGCCAGAGACCACCAAACCCAGCUGAACAGGUUCAAGCAGUGCAAAGCCUUCUUCUCCAGCAAUACCUUUCGGGGGGUCGUAAAGGAAGUCUUCAAGAACAGCUUAAAAUGCAGCAGCAGUAUACUGCCUCGUUGGGCCUUCCAGGACUCGCCUUGUUUUCUCAGGGAGGUUCUCCAUUCCCUCUCUACCCCACGAUGAUGUAUCCCCCGGAACUGCUGCUGGAGCAAAGUCUGCUUCAAUCCCACGGUCUACCACCAGGCAUGGACAAAGAAGCGGAGCUCAUUGCUAAAUCGAGACGCAGCACGGGCACACGCGGUCCUCACAUGCGCGUGCUCAAAGACGAGCCCAUUCCCGAGGGCUACUUGAGAUUCAGAUUUAACGAGGACUGUGCUUAUCAGCAGUGCGGUUACAGGGAGCAUCAAACCCACUUCCACUGCACAAGAAAAGACUGCGGGUAUUCGUUCUGCGAUAAAACUAGAUUCGUUCAACACACGGCUAGACACGAGAGAUUGGACACUCUGAUGGGUGGAGACUUCCAGCAGUAUCGAGCUAAUGUUUACUGUCAAAGAGCGGAGUGCCCUCACGCGUCGACUUUUGGUCAAAACAAGGCAUCGCACUUCCAUUGCCUCAAAUGUGACUUCACGUGUACCGACACCAACAAGGUGGUCGCACACCGGAGACAGCACCAGAAGCUGGACUCCAUUCAGGCCGCCGGCUUCGAGAAGUUCCCGCCUAGCAAAAGUUGUGGCUACGAACCCCAAUGCAUUCACAGCAAGAAGCAGACCCAUUACCAUUGUCUUCAGUGUGGAUUUGCUGUCCUCGGUCUGUCCCAGAUGACGUCACACAAGUACAAGCACCAGGAGGCGAACCUCGGUCCCUCGACCAGUGCUCUCAACUGACCUGACUUUAAGUUACAUCUCACUCUAAGUGUGACGUCACUUUAGUGGGAUUCCCGCGAGAAGUGUGGACUCAGUGUGAUCACUCAUUUGUAUGAUUGUAUUUAAAAGUUUUGAACGUAGCAUAUAUAUGUAGAUUGUCAAUAUUUAUCAAAAAUGUCAACCGCGUAGUCCCUCUACCGUGCCUUAGUCGCAAAUUAGUUUCUGAACUUUUUGUAAUGGCUGAAACUGUGCCAAAAUGAACUAAAAGACUCGAACGAUACAGUGAGAAGUCGACUCUUAGCAUUUUAUACGUGAACAGAGUAUGCGUGUGAAUUUCCUAAAACCCGACCAAUUGUAGUUGAUAGUUAUAGAAUAUAUAUAUUUAUUAUCCCGAAAAGACAUUUUUACGAAUAGUAUUAUUAAUUUAGGUCUCGUAAAAAUUUGAUGGCAAUAAAUUGGGUUAGAAACGCCGUUUUGUGCCUCGAGUGAAAUCUUGACAAUACGAUGAUCUGGUUAUGAUAGUUUCAUGAAUUACGUUUAGAAUUCAAUUCGGGAGACAAAAGAGAGGUUUUUAUACGAAUGAAGCAAACUAGACUUUAAACUAAUAAAACACUUUCGAAUCUUUAACAUAAUACAAGAAACUAUCAUUCGUUAUACGAGUCAAAAAUUUAUAUAAAAAAUCAUAUUUAGAAGAGAAAAAAUGACAAUUUUAUAAACUUUGUACAUAAGAAUAGAUUAUAUAUAACAAAAAAUAUGUUAGUAAUUGUUAUCAUUAUUGGAAUAAAAUUGGAUGUAGAGUGCUAAUUUGUGAUCCAUGAGGUAGCCAUGUAAUGCCAUAUUCAUUUAGUGUAAUAAAACAAUAAUGAAACAGUAUUAGUGACAAUUCUCACCUGCAUUCCUGAAUCCUGGCCAUUCCUUAGUUUUAGCAUCUGGUUUGAACCGACUCCGACCAAACGUUUCCUAGACUUAACCUAGAUUAGAGCAGUAUUCUUUUAGCGUAAGUCCGUCUCUGUUCCUAUACAUUCACUUUUCACUUUUUACUUAAAUUACACUAAGGCCGUGCCAUAUCUUUAGUCACUUCCGAGUUACUAAUAAUUUAAUUUUGGGCGUACUCAAUUUAUAUACAACCCGCCACGAUAGGCAAUGAAAAUUUGUUUGUAAUGUGUAUUUAUAUAUGUACCUAAUUUAUAUGCCGAUAUAGACUAUCACUUUUAAUGUUUUAAUUUAAUUGAAACUCAUGAAUUAAGUAACGAUGUCAACGGAUUUGCCCAUUUAUAAGAGUUUUAGUUCAAUUAAACCACGUAUUCUGGUCGAAAUAUAUUUAAUAUAUAAUUUUCUCAGAUUCCUGCAAUUUUAUUGGUUGUUAUUGUUAUGUUGUUUUAUUUUACGUUUUUCACGUCUUUCGCUCUUUAUAUAAGUGUAUACUCAUUUAUUUAAUAUCAUAUUUAGCUUAAUUUAAUUAUAAUUAAAUGAGAUUGAAUUUGUAAACGUACAAAAUUUAUGGAUAUUUUUAUGAGUUUGAGAUUAAAUCGAUUGGUUAGUUUAGAGUUGUUUACCUCAUGAGUUCUAGGAAUUA